AUGGCAUUGCAUGUGGCUGCUUACAGGGGUCACUUAGCAGUGUUAGAGGCUCUAAUUCUCGCAUCGCCUUCGUCCAGUUCAUUGAAAAACAAUGGGGGAGAUACCUUCCUCCAUAUGGCUGUAGCUGGUUUCUGCACUCUAGGUUUCCGAAGGUUGGACAGACAGAUUGAUCUCAUGAAGCAGUUGAUCUGUGGAAAGAUCAUAAGUAUGCAAGAUGUCAUUAAUAUCAGAAACAAUGAUGGAAGAACUCCCCUUCAUAUGGCUGUUCUUGAGAAUAUACACUAUAAUCUAGUGGAACUCCUAAUAAGGGUACCGUCAAUUGAUUUAAAGAUACGUGAUGUUUAUGGCAUGACACCGCUAGAUCUCCUCAGACAAGGGCCAAAAUCUGCAUUGUCUGAAUUACUGAUUAAGCAGUUGAUUUCUACUGGUGGAAUGUCCAAUUGUCAGGACUAUACGGCUAGAAAUGCCAUCGUUUCUCACCUAAAGAUGCAAGGCAUUGGAAGCAGUCCUGGAACUUCCUUUAAAAUCUUUGAUGCAGAGAUAUUCUUGUACACAGGCAUUGAGAAUGCAUUAGAUGCUGGUGGUGAUCUGGGAAGUGCAACAUGCUCAAGUGAAAUAAGUAACUUUGACUUAGCCGAUGGGACCCAUGGCUCUUUUGAUAAUAAAAGGACUGGUUCUGUAAACUAUGCAGUAAGACAUCUAAAAAUUCUCCUCUAAUGGUCAAGGCGAAAAGAAAAGAAAACUGAAGAUUUGAAGAAGUUGGGAGAUGAUGAUUCAAUAAGAUCAUGUAAGAAAUAGAGAAAUUUGGAUGACACUCCAACACCACUCAAGCAGAGAUUCUCAAAGCCCGCAUCUCUUUCGGACAACAAAAGGGCUCCUUCUAUAAGGAGUAAUCUUCCAAGUCCAUCCCACAAGAAGAAGCUUGCUGUAGGACUAAUCCAUGGUGUUGUUCAGGCCAUACAAUAGUUAUCAUUUCCCACCGGAUCAUUUACCAGUUCUUUCUCAAACUCACCGAUUCCGUCACCUACUUCAUUGGAUAAACAAAAGGAUAUGCAUACUGGAAAUGAAAGUGCUAAUCCCUCUUGCUCUAAGCAAUCUCUAAUUGGUGGAGAAGUGGACAUGAGCCAAAAACAAACCCCAGUAAAAAGGAAGUUGAUGAACCAGUACUUCUGUUUCGGUGCACAAAGCUUGUCUGUACAUGACCCUGCUAUGGGGCCUUCGUCAAACUAGGGUUAUAAGCGUUCACUUCUAUCAAUGUCUUGAUUGAGUUGAUCUGAAAAGAUGGUGCCUGUGUGGCUCCUGUCAUUAGAGACUGUUCCAAAUCAUCUCAUGAGGUUUACUGCACCUUUAAAUGCAUUAGAUCAAUAGAGAUCUACAGAUGUUAUUUUGUUCUCAUUC